GGGGUGAAGCAGCAAAAAAGAAGAAAAAAAAAAUAAUAAAAAUACGGCUCGGCAAUUUAUCAAGUGUAUCUCGCAUAACAAUUGCACAAAAAGAGGAAAAAAAAAAAAAAACAUAUAUAUAUAUAUGUUGACCGAACAAACGGAUUGCAAAAAAAGCGAGUCACGAAACAAACAAAAGAAUAAUUUUGGUAUACCGAACUAUUUGUAUCGUAUCAUCACCCUUUUGUAGCAAUUACAAAAUUUAAAAAAAAAAAGAUUUCCCAUUUGGAGCAUUCACACUUGUAUGCUUUUUACUUCCACCUAGUUUGGCCAUUUAUCCUCCCCCCCCCUCAUUUCCUCACCCUUUUCGUUUAUUAAAAUGUUUAAUGACCAGAAAGUUUUAGUUGACAUUUACAUCCCCAGGAAAUGCUCGGCUACAUCGAGACUCAUCCCCGCCAAGGAGCACGGAGCGGUUCAAAUUAACGUCGGCAUGGUUAACAAGAAUGGAGUGUACACGGGCGAAAUGGAGACCUUUGCCAUUGCCGGCCACGUCAGACAGAAGGGAGAAUCGGACGCCUGCCUGAACCGUCUCCUCCACGAGAAGACGAUGUUGUCCUUCUCGAAUUAGAGAGGCGCGCAUAGGUGAAGAAGUAAAGAAGCGAGGAUGUGGAGAUGUGAAGAUGUGAAGACGUGUGGACGUUUCGCGGAUGAAGCGCAUGGCCACCUGCCAGGCCAUUUUUCCCACUUCGCCGGUACCCCUAUUGCGUUAUUUUAACCUUUGCUUUUUUUUAUUGCAUGUUUUUUUGCUUAUUUUUUUGCAUAUUUUUUCGCAAUUUUUCCCCUUUUGGGGUUUGCGAUCCAUUUACUGUGUUUUCCCGCCCAACGAAACGCCCCUCCUGCGCGUGCGUCUGACUUGGCGGCGCGAAUCGAAAGACAAACAGAGGAACUCCGAGAAGAGAGAAACUAAACGCGUGGAAAAAAAAUGUGCAAC